CGCUUUCCUUUUUUCUGGCCUGCGGUCCGUUCCCCGUCGCGGGCGCCCACGGGGGCGAGGUGGCAGCUGGGGCGGAGCGGAGCGGCAGCGGACUGAGCGACCGGCGGCUUUCCUUUUUUCUCCUUCUCCUUCGCCGCUGGGCGGGCGCCGGUGGCGGGCGCCUCUCCUUCUUCUCGCGCCUGCGCCCACUUCGGGAUCGCGGCUCCAUGUCGGCAGCCGUGCCCUGCAGGACCCGCUGAGCCGCCAGGGCAAGCUCGCUGGCUGCCCGGGAUCUGCCUUCGCUGUGGCUCCUUGUUGGAGGGAGGAUUGUGGACGCCGUCUUUCUUCGUCCGGGCGCCGCGGAGUUGGCGAGCCUUUGGGGCAGGACCCGCCGGCGGCGCCCCCGACCAUGGUAGCGCGCCGGGGGGGAUCCCCGAUCGGGAGGUGCUGCUGGGGAAUCUGGGUGCUUUUGUGCCGGACGGCGCUGGCCAGCUCGCUGGUGCUGGAGCCCAUCUACUGGAACUCCUCCAACUCCAAAUUCCAUCCUGGACAAGGACUGGUACUAUACCCAAAGAUAGGAGACAAACUGGAUAUUAUAUGCCCAAAGGUGGACUCUAAAACUGGUGGCCAGUAUGAGUACUAUAAAGUUUAUAUGGUUGAUAAAGACCAAGCAGAUAGCUGCACUAUUAAAAAGGACAACACACCUCUACUCAACUGUGCCAAGCCUGAUCAAGAUGUUAAGUUUACCAUCAAGUUUCAAGAGUUCAGCCCUAACCUUUGGGGCCUGGAAUUUCAGAGAAACAAAGAUUAUUACAUCAUAUCAACAUCCAAUGGAUCAGUGGAAGGCUUGGAUAACCAGGAGGGAGGGGUGUGCCAGACAAAAGCCAUGAAGAUCCUAAUGAAAGUUGGACAAGUUCCCAAUUCUGGUGGGUCCCCAAAUAAUGCUGAUCCAACUAAACGCCCGGAACAGGAAGCUGGUACCAACGGGAAAAGCUCCACAACAAGUCCCUUUGUAAAGGAUCAUGCAGGUUCCAACUCAGACGGGAGCAAAGCUGGACAUUCCAGUAUCCUUGGUUCAGAGGUGGCCUUAUUUGCAGGGAUAGCUUCAGGGUCCAUCAUCUUCCUCAUCAUCAUCAUCACUCUGGUGGUUCUACUGUUGAAGUACCGAAGGAGACACAGGAAGCAUUCGCCACAGCACACGACAACUCUGUCACUUAGUACAUUAGCCACUCCAAAACGCAGUGGGAACAACAAUGGGUCUGAACCCAGUGACAUUAUUAUUCCUCUGAGGACUGCAGAUAGUGUCUUUUGCCCUCACUAUGAAAAGGUCAGUGGUGACUAUGGACAUCCCGUAUACAUUGUUCAAGAGAUGCCGCCUCAGAGUCCAGCAAACAUUUAUUACAAGGUCUGAUGAACACGUAGCGUGGUACCUUUUGAAACUCUCCGGUCAAAUGCUGUCUAUGAUGCGGGGGUGGGGUGGGGGUUAUGAGGGUCCUCUGUGCUGGUUGCUGGACCAGGUGCAGUGCAGGGAAUAGGAAGUCCCACCCUGUUGCAGAAAGCUCCUUUGAGAUGGACAGCUUCUCUAGUCUGUAGAAUUCAUGUCUCAGUGAACAAGCAUUUUACUUGGAAGCUGGAAGAAUUUGCGUAGAAGAUACCACUCCAGUUGCUGUGCGUUCGUCACCUUCUAAGCCAUGUGCUGCAGGCAUGCAGGCACGUACAAAAAGCCCAGGGAAGAUGGAACAGCUCACAGAUGCUGAUGGUUUUAGGCAUUCUGGAAAGGAGUCUUAAGUCAUCAUGCUUGAAAUGAAGCCCUGUGACUUUGUGCGCUUCUCCCUUAGUGCUUAUGGAUUUGUCAUACAGACCUCAGCUUUUAAGUAAGACUUUCAAUCAUUUCCUUGAUUUUAGUCAGUUCUUGUUGCAUUUUACUUCAGUUGGGUAGCAUUCUGGCAUCCUUCACAUGAGAAUUCUUUCACUUCACAUCCUGCAUCGCUACUGGAAAAUGUAAUGUUUUUUGCCAUUUCAUACUCCAUCUGUCUGUGAUAGCAGCCUCACUUGAAUAUGGAUACUGCUUUCAGAGAACCUGGGCUGGCUAAGAAGGGAAUCUUUCAGCCAAAAGUUUGCUCAUCACCAGAGCCCACAAUUGAAGAUAAGUGGUGCUCAGAGAGGGAGAGAGAGAGAGAGGGAGAGAGAGAGGGAAGGGCUGAUAGAAUGCUACUGCCUCUGGAAUAUCAACGGGACAAAGCCAGGCCAUUUGGGUAGCACAGCACUUUGAUAUCUGGAGUUCUAAGAAGCAGGUUAGACACAGUAACACAAGCAGAUGAUUAGGGCCUGCACUUGAAAAAUGCCAAGGUUAUGCUCAAAUAGCAUCUUGCAGAAGAAAAUAGUUCUCUUUCUCUCAAAGUAGGACGAAGAGUGUAAGUCACUGAAUGUGCCUGGAAGACAAGGCAAUAGAAGGCCGCUGGUGACAUAUUAGGGCAGGACUGCUGUUGUCCUGUACCAGCAAUAAGAUAUACAGCUUUGAACGAGCUGUAGCAAAAUCUUGGUCUGCUUCAAAUGACGUUUGGGUUUUGUUUUUUAAAGCAAACAUAGCUGCUAUACUUACCACCUUUUAUCUAAUCACAGGGAAACAAGUGUUUAAGAAAACAGCAACCAACAUCUGACAUUCAAAUAAAUCACAAGCUUAACAAUCAAGAGGGCUAUAAUUCCAUCACUUAAAAAAGCAUUCACAUCUCUAAAAAAUGGAUCAGAAUUUUAUUUUUCCUCCAAUCAAGCCUUUGACACUCGGGUUUCUGGCAGUGCCUCUGUGAGGCAGUCCUGUUCUGGACCCUGCUGUUACUAGGGUAUGCUCUUUCAGAGUUAAAGCACAUAUGGUAAACUGCUUAGGAUCCAUUAAGAUGCAACACACUUAGACACAAGAGGGGGGGAAAAGUAAGGUAUGACUUUAUUUAUAAUAGGUGUAUAGAACCCAAGGGAUAUAAAGUAGCAGAUUUUGUUAUGAGGAUUACUAAUAUAUAUCUAUAUAUUGAGAUUGCACAGAAUCUAUACCAGAAGAUGUGAAAUCCACCUGAAAUUGUCAGCAUUAAAGCAAAACAAUUGGGCGACUACUUCUGGGGGAAAAAGAGCUUCACUCCAAAAAGUACCAAUAAGAAAUAUUAAAAUAACCAAGCCCUCUAAACUGUCUUGCCUAACCAGUAGAUUAGGAAAUAACACCCCCCCACACACACACACACAAAUCAUGAAAUUAGUGUAACUACAUCAUGUAUUUCAACAAGAUGUGCCGAUGUGGUUUUUUUUCUUCUGUUUUGUGCUUUUGUUUGUUUUUCCCCUUGCCUUAUGAGAUGGAGUAUUUCAGCUGGUCACAAAAGGGAGAGUUUUGGUAUAAAGUUUCUGCUUGAAGCAUGGUUGUUGUCCUCCCUCCAACCUCUGUACCCUGGGGGAAAUAAAUCUACUUUUUUAUGUGCUAUGCAAAAUAGAUGUCUUUUCACAUAGCCCUGUUACCAUAGCAACACUUCACUUUCUGGACUGGAAAGUACAUGUAACUACAGCAUUUUAAGGUUUUCAAACCUCCACUGAGCACGUGCAAAAAUGUACUGUCAUAGAAAUUAUUACUCUCUGUAUUUCCUG